AUGAGAGUAUGGGCUCAGCAGGACCCGAGAAUUGCCAAGCUCGAAGAACGCUGUUGUGAAUUGCUCAAACGCCGGCAGCAGCCUCGGCGAGCGGAUGAGAUCAUAUCGGCACUACAUUGCGUUCUGGAGCUAUCACCCAGCCCUACCAACUGCGGACAGAUUCUGGCAGCGUCGACCGUAGCAGUAUCGUCUCGCUUACGGGAGUGUACAGGAGAUGACCUGUCCAAUCUUUGCCGUUGCAUAUGCAAGGCUGAGUACCUAUGUCCAUCUCUGCUCACUAGUAUCACUGAGGAGUGCAUGGCACGGUCAUCGGAGUUGGAGCCUGCUGACAUCUCCACGAUAGCAUGGGCCCUCGCCAAGAUGGGCUUCGGCUCGGACGUACUUUUUCAACGUUUAGCAAGGGUUGUCGAAGUGACAACCCAUCUCUUCUCUGGUGCUUACUUGGCUAAUCUAAUGUGGGCAUUUGCAUCUGUCGGCUACCGUAGCGAGAGUAUGCUAGCUGCAGUAGCUGAACGAUGUCAGGAAUUGAUGACAGUGGUACUCGAGCCUCCGGGUUCUACUGAUGUCGAAGUUGUUGAUAGAAUGCCACUACAUCCAAUGGAGAUGUCUACUCUAGUGUGGGCACUAUCACGUCUGCAUGCCCCUUCGGCGGAGCAGUUCUACCUGAUGGUAUGCGAGUACACUACAAACAAUAUCGGCAGCUUCAAAGCGUCGGAGCUAUGUACUCUAAUCACCGGUAUAUCUCGGGUUAGGUGGAAAGGUGACGGGCCCACUGGGGGUGACACUGCAGCUCUGAACCCUGGCCAAUUACCCCAGGCCUGCCGCCAGAUGUUCCAGAAGUGCGCUGAAUACGUCUCCGCCUCCCCCUUCCCUACAAGCGGCGACGCCACCCCUCAGGGAGCCGACAAAGGAGUAGGCUUCAGUGACAAACAAGUGCGCAUCUUCGUGACGGCUCUCGCUAAGGUUGGGCUCUCCCAUACGAGACUCUUUGACUGUGCUCAACAGCGAAGCGAUCGAAGGAUGGCACGUCAGCAGUCGCAGGCCGCAGCAACAACUCCACAACGAGUGUCAUUGGUGCGUUCUGGUGAUGGCGAAAAGAGUGUCAAUGAGCCGCCUCCUGAUCGGUACAUUGCUGGCAGCCGAUCCAGUUCCCGGGGUCGGAUGAGAGCUUUAUCGUUGGAUGAUGAGGUCGAUUACUCAUAACGCUACUAGAGAACUGCC